AUGCCUACAAAAAAUCAAUUGAUUCGUCAUGGUAGAGAACAAAAACGGUGCACGGACCGUACUCGAGCUUCGGAUCAAUGUCCCCAGAAGCAAGGAGUAUGCCUGCGUGUUUCGACGAGAACACCGAAAAAACCUAAUUCAGCUCUACGUAAGAUAGCAAAAGUACAGUUGAGCAAUCGACAUGAUAUAUUUGCUCACAUUCCAGGCGAAGGUCAUAAUUCGCAGGAACAUUCUAUAGUCUUAGUCAGAGGAGGUAGAGUGAAAGAUUCGCCAGGUGUGAAAUCCCAUCGUAUUCGAGGAGUCAAGGAUUUGCUGGGAAUUCUGGAUCGUAGAAAGGGAAGAUCUAAAUAUGGUGCAGAAAGACCUAAAUCGAAAUGAAUGGAAGAUGCCUCUGGAACUUUUUGGUUCUUUUUUGGGGGCGAUAUGGAAGCAACUAGCUCCCUUUCCCUUAUUACGUUACCAUUUCUCUCCGCUAUUCUUCGCAAAUUUCAUUGAGAG